GCCGCGCCGCCCGCCGCGCCGCCCGACGAGGACCCGCGCCAGGCCGCCGAGGACCGCGCGCUGCGCGCGGCAGCGCGAUGCCUCGCGAACGUGGUCGAGCUCGACAGCUCCGCCGCCUGUGACGUGUUGCAACGGGCCCUGGCGCCGUGGUUCGGGACGGGCACGUUCAAUUCGCGUGAUUCGGUUGGCCGGCGCGCCGUGCUCGCGGCGCUCGCCGCCGCCCUCGCGCACGACGACGCGCAGACGCGCCUCGCGGUGUCGCGGGAGACGAUGAAGCUCCUGGACGGGUCGCGGGACCUCCCCGGCGACGCCGAAACCACGCUCGUUGCGUGCCGCGCCGCGUUCGACGUGUCGCGGUCGCCCGCCCACGACGCGUUGUUCUUCGACGAGAAGGUCGUGCCCGGACUCGUGCGGUACGCGGCGCGCGGCGCGGCCGAGCUGCAGGGCGGAUCUGAAGAGUACGUCGAAGCGCUGGUGUACUGCGCCGGCGCGCUCAAGAACCUGACGAACGACGAGGCCUCGCUCCGCCGCCUCGCGGCGGCGGGCGUCGCCGGCGUGGCGUGCGACCUGGCGCGCGCCUGCGCGGCGCGGGCGACGACGCGGCACGUGGCGCGCCUCGCGGCCCAGGCCGCCGGCGCGCUCCGGAACCUGAGCGGCGACCGGGGCGCGCUCAAGCCGCUCGAGGCCGGCGGCGCGUCCAGGGCGCUUGCUGCGCUCCUCGUGCCCUUCGAGGGCGACGCCGACGUCGUGCUCCACGCGGCGCGCGCGCUCGCGAAGCUGUCGCUGCACGAGGGGACGCGCCGCGCGCUGCACGGGCAUCGCGACGGACUCGACGCGCUCGCGGACGCGCUUCGGGCGUCGUUCGACGCACGGCGGGACGACCCGCGCCGGUCCCAAGCGGCCGUGCGCCUCGCGUUUGGCCUCGGGAACCUCGCCGCGGGCCGCGACGAGACCCGGGCGGCGCUCGCGGACCGCGCGCCGGAGAUCGCGCGGCUCGCGGGCCGGGCCGCGCGGGACUUCGUGGACGAUGCAAACGACGAGGCGGCGGAGCAACUCUCGAUCCGCCUCGUGCGCCUCGCGGCGAACGCGGCGAUCACGCCGGAGGUCGGGGUCGCGGUCGCGACGCACCAAGCCGUCGCGAUAUUACCAGAAGCGCUUGAUGCGGCGCUGCGGCGCGAUUGCGAGGAGCUCGCACUGAACGUGGUGUCGUGUGUCACGAACCUCAGCUAUUACGCGCUGGAGGGCCGCGCCCGGGGCCUCUUCGCCGACCUGGACGCGGUCUGCGUGUCGCUCCUCGCCGUCACGGUUCACGAAAACCAUGAGGCCGUCUCGGAGGCCGCGCGCGCGUUCGGCAACUUCAGUCGCGACGAGGACGCGCGGCGCGCCAUGCGGCGCCUGGGCGUCGUCGAGGCGCUGGUCCUGCUCCUCGGGCAUCCGGCCCGGGACGUCGUCUUCGCCGCGACGGGGGCGCUUGUCAACGCGGCCGUGGACGGACGCGACGUGCUGUGGGAGCACAAGGCGCACGAGGAGUUGGUGGCCGUCGUACGCCGCGCGGGCGUCCAGGAUUUGGACCUGGCCGCCGUCGCGUGCAAGGCGCUCCACAACCUGCUGCUGGACGCGGCUACCGGGACGGCGGCAGAGCUGCUGGGGGCCGCCACGCACGGUCGACUUCUGGACACGCUCGGCGAGCUCGUGGCGGUCGCGGACGACGACGACUUUCUCGCCGCCGCGGGCGCGUUGAGGACAAUCCUAGAGGUAUAAGAUUAAGUGUCACAU